UUUCCAAAUUUUGUUUUUUUUUUUUUUUUUGUUUCUAAAUUAUGUGGUAAUAAAAUUUCAUAAAGCCUAACAAUGCAACCCGCCAGCUCGUCCAAUGGAAUACCCAUUGGCUUCGACGCUGACGAUUUGCCCGAAUCCAGCAGCAGCAAGCGAAGACAACGCCGGAAAGAAAAGCACAUUAAACGUUUGGAACACACCAAGCAUUUGUUAUUCACCAAACAUUUCUCCAACUAUCGCCUGCCGGUGGCGGUUGCGUCGACUGAUUUGAAGAUUGUACAGUUAAGUCGGUAUGAGUCCAUUAUAGAUCGAGACCGCCAUCCUCCACUUUAUGUAAUUCCGGAUCAGAAAUCAGAAUGGGCGCGCCUGAAAAUGAUUUCGUGUCCAUGCCACGGGUGCGAAUGUACAUUAGAUCCGAAUGGUUGGCUCUCUCAUUAUAUAAAUGUGCAUAUGCGCCGACUAGGUGUCCCCUUCGUGGACGUGCCAUUUCCUGUUGAAAAGCAAACCUUGCGUGCCUCUUGUAACCUAAGUUAUCUCGAUUAUGACGUAAACACUCUACUGAGUGUCUAUGGCUAUCAGCGUUUUGGUCUGAACCCCCUCAAAUGUCCGCGCAAUACAUUGCUGCCAAAGGAAUAUCGCAAGUACUCCCAGCACGGCGUCCUACUGCUCUUUGCUUGCCGUACGCGGCAUGCAUUACUUUGGCACCGUAAGCAAAUCGAUGAUGUUGUUGCCAUUUGGGUAGCGACCCCGAUGCAGGGCGUGACCGUAUCGUUACGCUGUGUAGUACAGCCCGCCAAAUCGACACGGUACUAUUCCAAGCGACUGCAAUCGCGUCAAUUGCCGGCAUCUGGCCUAAAGCCAACGCCAUGCCGUGAUUUAAUCAAAACGGACUUCAACGUAGUUGUCAUUAGCUUUCAGGAUUUGCGGGAGCUAAUGGCAAAAAGUGAGGGUGAGCAGAUCCUCAAUGUGGAACUGCAUGUUACGGGCGAGCAGAGAAUUUGACAGAUUCAGUUAGAGCUUAACUUAUAUUUAUACAUUAAUCAAUAAAAUGACCUUUAGGCUAUAAAUAGUUUUUAUUGUUUUUGGCAAUAGUUUAAUGACAUAUUGUUUUACAAACUAAACACAUGCAAACAUAAUGGUACACAGACAUAGAUUUGAACUAAGGAAUUCAUACAGCAAACACAAUUGUAGAGAUUACGCUCGAUCGAAGCUGCAAGCUGGCUCCAAAAGCUAGCCACUAGCAUCUCCAAUUAUUGAUUAGAUUGUUGGUGAAUAUAAACAAUAAUUCACGAACAUUGGUUUGUUAUAGAUUUUACUUAAAUAUAUUUCGUACAAUUUUGUUGAGUUCGCACUCGUUACACUUAAGAAAUAGUAAAAGAAUUUACAAAUUUUGAGCCUACAUACGUACAAUUUAGAUUUGAUAAGCUACUAUAUAUGGUAUUAUAUAUGUAUACAUCAAGUUUGUAUACAGCUGUGUAUGUGUAAGUGUGAGCGGUGAAUGUGUGUGUAGUGGGGCAUGCAAUAAUCGGGGCCCGCUGCUGCGUUUGCUUUCGCAAAUGCCCAACACAAAAAGAAAACGAAA